CUCGUGCCUUUCUAUUUUAUGAUCAUUACUGCCGUUAGUUCAGUAUUCAGUACAGUUCAGUAACUCUCCAACCAUUUUUAAGCGUGCAUUUCACCUCGUGUUUUUUUUUUAGUUUUUUGACUAUAUUUUAGUAAAUAUAUUUUUGUGUGUUUCAUAUAAUGUUUUUAAAAAUGUUUUACAUGCUUACGUCAAUUGUCAAAUUGGAAAUGGGUUGUCAAAGCUUAUUGUUCACUAAAUGACCAGUUCAAGUUUAGGACUUGGUUUUCUAAACAUACGAUCAUCGUAUUCGGAAAAAGUCUAGAAAACGACUUUAUCUUGGAAGUAGUGAAAUGGCGAUAGAAUUGUUGACGUUUUUGUGGAUUUUUAUUUUUAAUUUAUUUUAUAUAACGUCCACAUCGUCAAUCUUAAUGCUAAAAUGCUGUAAAAAUGGUGAAGAGUUGGCAAUAUCAAACAAUGACCCAAAAUCAGAAUUUGCUUGUGUGAAAAGUAACACAACUUGGAUUCCAACAAUAUAUUCACCAUCGCAAACAAAUUUUUUAUCUGUAAUACCCAAUGAAUGGAUAAUUCACGAAGCAAUAAAACCUACAUGUACUGAAAAUCGAACUUUAACGCCCAUACUUUGUAGCAAUAUUUCGCCAUGUAUCAUAUUCGACAAAGGUCAUGCAAUCUUAGACGCCGCCGGAAGCAACACACACAUUUCACCGAGCGAAUACUGUGCGGACUCAAAGGCUCUUCUUGUUUGUACGGUAAGGAAGGUCGAAGCCGACUGGGCCACUUCCACAAUAAGACCCAGAGUAAGCAGAUGUUGUGGAGAACAUGCAGCAUUUUACGAGCAGAGACAUUCUUGUGUAAAUCAGAAAGAUGUAGAAAACGCACCUCCUUUACUGCCUAAUACAUCUGUGUCUAUUGAUGUAGUUACUGGCUUUCCAUCCUGUACUCGUUCAAAUAACUAUACUAUAGUUGGAAAUACUGAUGUAUCAGUUCUUCAGUCCGAUGGCAGCUUAAUAGUUGAUGGAAUAUCUUUGCUAUCUUCACAGUAUUGUGUGGAAAGAAUUAAAGAACUAGAUGGCAAAUCUAAAGUUUUCGUUUGUCCAGAGUAUGCACCUCAAAGGCCUGUAAAUCAAGAUCCCGAUAUAAGGUUUAUGAUGUAUUCUAUAAGUUUCAUCAUAAGCUCGAUUUUUCUUGGUGCCACAUUAGCUACUGGCUGGUUACUCCCUACUUCACAUCAUGUAUUGCAUUGGAAAUGCCAGACUCAUCACGUUUUAAGUCUAAUGCUAGGUGACAUAUUAAUGGCAAUCAUUCAGCUUGCUGGAGAUUCAUUGCAAGGUGGUACUUGCAAAUUAUUAGCUAUUCUGGCACACUUUUUUUUCCUUGCUGCAUUCUUCUGGCUGAAUACAAUGUGCUUCAACAUCUGGUGGACAUUCAGAGAUUUGAGACCGGCAAGCUUGGAAAAGAGUCAAGAAAUAUUACGUUUAAGAGUGUAUGCUUGCUACGCUUGGGGUGGACCAUUUUUGGUUGCUGGACUUGCUGCUCUUCUCGAUCACUUACCAGCCCAACCUCACAACCCUUUCCUGAGGCCUAGAUUUGGAGAAAAAAUGUGUUGGUUUUAUGGAGAUAGAGAAAUUUUGGCUUAUUUCUUCGGUCCUAUUGGUGUUUUACUCAUCAUUAAUGUCAUAUUUUUCAUCGCAACUGCUCGAGAAUUAACUUGUGGACUAUGGAAAGGUGAAUUCGUAAAAAGCACUACAGAAAGAGCUGCUCUAGGUCGAGUUUGUUUGAAAUUAGUAAUUGUCAUGGGUGUAACCUGGGUUGCUGACAUUAUAUCAUGGGCUGUUGGUGGUCCCAACUAUUUGUGGUAUUUUACAGACCUUUUGAAUGCCCUCCAAGGCCUUUUUAUCUUCAUUGUAGUUGGAUGGCAACCUCAAGUUCGUGCUGGUUUGAAAAAAUUAUUCAAUCAAGAUCCUCGAACAAGUGCUGGAAGACAAGGAAAUGGCCUUAGUACAACAAGUCACGGUAUGCCUAGCAUGGGAGACAGUAUGACUCAGAACCCAAGCACUAAGUCCGCGGCAUUAGAAACUAUCUGUUAAGAUUUAUAAAGAUCCACGGAGACAAAACCGAAGAAAAUUACACUAAUUAUUUGCAUUUCGAGAAAAAAAUAUGUAAUUUACAAAUGAGAUGAAUUGCUAGUGAAAUCUUUAUUAUUUUAAGUAUUUUUUUAUUUUAUCACAUAAUAAGAUAAAAUUUGAAAAAUCCGGUGAAUACAAUUCGAAGCAGCUAUAUUUUUUUUGUAUUUUAUUUAAAGUUUUUUAGAAAAUAUUUUCUAAUUUAAAAAAAUGUUUUUAGUAUUACAUUGCAAGAAUCUUGUUUAAUUCUGGAGAAAAUUAAUAGAAAUAGAAUCACUACUAGAGUAAGAAAUUAAAAAAAAAAAAAAAAAAAAAAAAA